UUCAUUCAGCCAAUUCGUUCAAAAGUCAGAUUAAUUUAGGAAGAAAACAAACACCGAUGUGAAUACUUUUGUCGUUGAUAUAUAUAUAAUUUUUUACCUCCCCCCAUCCCCCCCACAAACUACGCCCCUGUCUCUACCUAAAUUUACGGUCAGGAGCCGCUACUGGGAAUAAAUGUUAAAACGGCUUGCCAUAUUAAGUUGCUCUCAUCGCACAGGCUCUGUACGUGUGAAAGAGGCUGUGUCUUUAAGAGAGCCGCAUUACAGGUGGGAUGACGCUGUCUAAAAGACUCAGUGUGGUGGGGACGAUGUGUUUCGUGGGUUAACAGCAGCACUCAUUUUUGCCCCUGUCUCUGAUGCUCAAGAAAAGGUGGUGUCUAUUAUUCACUGCCGAAGACGGCUCCGCGAUUCUUCUCUUGAGACCCAACGCUAAUGCUGUAUCCAUGUGCAAUGCUUUUGACAGCUUUACCCCAACUAAAUCUAAAGGUUGAUGACCCUAUUGAUAUGCUCCCCAAGUCAAGAAAAGCUCUUAGUAUCCAGGAAAUUGCAGCUCUGGCCAGAUCAUCAUUUAAUGGCAUCUCACAGGUGGUGAAGGAUCACGUGACCAAACCCACGGCCAUGGCUCAGGGUCGGGUGGCUCAUCUGAUUGAGUGGAAGGGCUGGUCUAAGCCCUUAGACCCUCCAUCUGCUACACUGCAGUCCCACUUUAACUCCUACUCCCAUCUCAGCGAGGGAGAGCAGGAGGCCCGGUUUGCAGCAGGUGUGGCUGAGCAGUUUGCCAUUGCAGAGGCGAAGCUCCGUGCCUGGACCUCUGUAGAUGAGGAGGAGAUGGACGAAGAGUCAUAUGAAGAGGAUCCUCCUCUAUAUGACGAGCCAAUCACAACAACUCUGAGCUCAGAUGCGGUAUUAUCCAAUCAAAGCUGCCCAGUGCCAAGUCAGGCUGAGACAGACGUCGCUGAACUCCCACUCAGUCAGUCAGACACCGACCGGAGUGUGCAGGAACCCUGCUCCGCCCAGACAGACCACGACGACCUGCUCAUCUCAGAAGAAGUGCCACCAUAUGCCCAAGAACUCCAGCUUUCAGAAGGGGAGGGCGACAGGGCAAUGUGUGCGGUACAUAAACCAGACCGCAGGCCUUUGUGGAGCAAGGGAGACUCCUGCUACUACUCCACCUCCUACUCCGAGUCUGGCCUUUCACCCGAGGAAGAAGAGGAGGAUGGAAGAGAUGUGGAGGAAGGGGAGGACAACGUCUUUCAGGAAGUCAUCCGCUGGUACAGACACUGCCGAAGCAUCUCCGAUACCUCUGGAGCCGUGUCUUUUGAUGAGGAAGAGGAGGAGGAAGAGCAGGAAGAAGGUUCCAAGCAGUGACGCUGUGCUCUCGCUCGCCCUUUUGUCUCGGUCUCUUUGUAGUAACCCUUCUGUGAAGUGUUUGUCCAGUCUGUUAUGCAUUCAGACACGAUGGCUUGUUUUUCUCCUCCAUACUUUAAAAGGGAUAGUUUAUCUAAAAAAUGAAAAUUCAGUCACCAUUUACUCUCCCGCAUGUCCAUCGAAAUUUCUUGACUUUUUUCUGUGAAACAUUAAAGAUUGAAAUGUUUUUUGGUUUUAUUUGUAAUGAUAAUAACCCUGGUUCAAGCUGCUCUUUUCAAUACAAUUUAAGGGUUAGUUCACCCA